AUGCCGACACGCCAGCACAACAAGCGGGCCGAGCGGAGGAUCCUUCCCCGCGGCCGCUCCGCCAGCCAUCGCAUCUGCUUUCUGGUCCCUGUCGUGCUGUUGCUGCUGCUGCUGCUGCUGCUCCUCAAGCAGCAUGCUCGCCGGUCGCAUAUCCAAGCUCUUGCCUUUACCCUUGCCGUCUGUUUCCGCGCCCGCCUCGCCUCCGGCGCGGCUCUUCUGCUCGAGGCGCCUGGCAUCUUCCACGGUCUGCUUUGCCUCCCAGGCUUCAAAGACGGCGCCGCCGGCCACGCCCGGACCCCAGACGCGGCGGCCGCAGUGCUCGCACGUCGAUCCGCGGGGGCGCCAUCCUCGCUGGCGCAACUCCACUGA